GGAAUUGGUUCUGCUGAGACGCUGGUGUCACACUGUCGUCACACGCUGUUACCCAGGAUCCUCGCUCCAAGACACUUCCUCUUCUCUCAGUGUGGCUCAGCAGAAAUAGAUUACAGCACUCAGUCACUCAGUGCUGGUUGAGAGAUGAACCAUAAAAUACUACCUAGGCAGGACAACACUAUACAGUCAUUUACUGACUCGCCUCUUAACCUACCUCUUACAGUGCUUCUGAAUUUUACUUUUGUGGAUAUCCAUAGACAUCUGCGGUGUUGAAAGGAGUAACUUUGUGCUUUGUUAGGAGUUUAUGGCUUCACAUUUGAAGGUUUUUUGGGAUCCUUGUCAUUGUUCGGAUCGCUUCAGAGGUUCAUCAUUAGUUAUUGGGCAGCAUUUGAGGACACCUGAGGAACAAAUGUUAUCCUUUGCUUUAAAGCGUGCAAAGUAUCUCCAAUGGGUUUCUGUCCCAGUGGUCUGGCAGCACUGUUGCUGACAUUGACGUAUUCGACUACUGGAAUAAUCAAUUGAAUCUGACGUGGCUGUUGGACAUCUGCUUGCAUAUUGACUUAUCGGGAACACAGAAAGCCAUCUCAAACCUUUUUGUGUGUGUCCUGGUUGGAGCAGAGUAUUGCUAUGUUUUUCUCCUGGAUUCUCUAGCAGAACUCUAGGGUAGUACAUUAGCAUAUGUGACAUUUUGCAUUCACGUUCUCCUCCACCCUAAAGUUUAACCUCACGACACAUAUCCCUUAGGCUAAGGAGGGCCUUUCAGUGCCUUAAGUUGACCUGGUACCCCAUGUCGUCUGACUCUGGCCAUCUCACCGGGGCCCAGAGAGCUGUGUGCAGGCUGGUCCACCGGGGCCCCAGACCGCAGGCCCUGCUGAGGCCCAUAAGGCUGGAGCUGGGGGUGUAUGUGGAGAAGACCUGCACUAAACAGAAACACAGGAUGGAGGCUUCGUGUCUGGAGUUGGCACUGGAGGGAGAGAGGCUGUGUAAGGCGGGGGACUUUAAAGGCGGGACAGCGUUUUUCGAGGCGUCUGUGCAGGUGGGAACAGAAGACCUGAAGACCCUCAGUGCCAUCUACAGCCAGCUGGGCAAUGCCUACUUCUACCUGAAGGAAUACGGCAAGGCCCUGGAGUACCAUAGACAUGACCUCACUCUGGCCAGGACAAUAGGGGACAGGAUAGGGGAAGGGAAAGCCAGCGGUAACCUUGGAAACACGCUGAAGGUUUUGGGCCGCUUCGACGAGGCAGCAGUGUGCUGUCAGAGACACCUGGACAUCUCUCAAGAGCAAGGGGACAAGGUGGGAGAGGCCAGGGCUCUGUAUAAUAUAGGGAACGUGUUCCAUGCCAAGGGAAAGCAGCAGUUAUGGGGCUGUACCCAGGACCCUGGGGACCUCCCACCAGACGUCAGAGAUACACUGCAAAGGGCUACUGGCUUCUACGAGUUGAACCUGUGUCUGGUCAAAGAGCUGGGGGACAGAGCCGCUCAGGGGAGAGCCUUCGGUAACCUAGGCAACACCCACUACUUGUUGGGAAAUUUUGUGGAGGCCAUCAAAUUCCACAGACAGAGACUUUCCAUUGCCAAGGAGUUCGGUGACAAAGCAGCAGAACGUAGAGCCUAUAGUAACCUUGGCAAUGCUCUGAUUUUCCUGGGCCAGUUCAACACUGCCACGGAGUACUACAGGAAAACUCUGCAGCUGUCUCGUCAGUUAAAGGACCAGGUGAUGGAGGCCCAGGCGUGUUACAGCCUGGGGAACACCUACACUUUGCUGCAGCAGUAUGAGAGAGCCAUAGACUACCAUCUCAAACACCUCCUCAUAGCCCAGGAGCUCACUGACAGGGUUGGAGAGGGCCGUGCCUGCUGGAGUCUGGGAAAUGCCUAUGUGUCUUUAGGGAAUCAUCGCCAGGCCCUGCACUAUGCCCGCAAACACCUGGAUAUCUCCAGAGAGAUUGGGGACAGGAAUGGCGAGUUGACUGCCAGGAUGAAUGUGGAGCAGCUGAUGGAGGCUCUGGGGGUCAACGAGAGUGACCUUUCACCCUGCGGAUCAGAGUUUGAGGUGCAAGGAGCCAGACCCAAAAUUACCAAGAGAAACAGUAUGGACAGUGUCGAACUGUGGAAGUACUCGUCAGAUAAGAAUGGAGACAGCCAGGAAUUGGACAGUAUAUCUCGGAGAUCCAAGAGUCAGCAGUCUCAGCCAAGUAGAGGGAAGGGCUACCCCGACAGCCAGUCCUCAGAAGAGAGGCAGUGGUUUGACUCCCCUGUGGACGCCGAUGAAAUCACAGUCCAAGCCCCGCCUCCGAAGCUAAGUCGUGACCCCUCUGACGAGGACUGCUUCUUCGACCUCCUCAGCAAGUUUCAGAGCAGCCGCAUGGACGACCAGCGCUGCCACCUUGACGACCCGAAUGUAGAGAACGGAGAAAACGGCGAGAAUGGAGGGGCUGUCUCUCUUAAUGAAAUGCUAGAUCCAGCGCUCAUCACCUCGCCCCAGACAGAGGAGCUGUUUGACCUGAUCGUCAGCUCCCAGAGCCGUCGCCUGGAUGACCAGCGGGUCAGCGUCAGCAACCUGCCCGGCCUCAGGAUCACCCAUAACAAUCUGGGCCACCUGUGUGUUGACACAGACCCCCAGGAGCCCAGCGAUGACUUCUUCAACAUGCUUAUCAAGUGCCAAUCCUCCAGGAUUGAUGACCAGCGGUGCUCCCCACCAGAAGGGGGCCCCCGGGCUCCCACGGUGCCUGACGAGGACUUCUUCAGUCUGAUCCAGAGAGCACAGGCCAAGCGCAUGGAUGAGCAGCGGGUCCACCUCCCCUCAGAAGAACAGGACGGGCCCGACUCCGACCCAUCCGGGGACUCCAGCUAGGAGCCCAAGCAAUCAGCCCUGGGGGCAGGGUUUGAGACUGCGACCAUUUGACUUGGCAAUGCAAAACCAAUCUUUAAUUGGUCGCUAGGGUGUCAGUGAAAAUGUUUUGCUUGUCAUCUUAGUUUUUGGUUCACAAUUUGCUUUUUUUCUAUUAUCAAGAUUUAUUCUAAUAGCAGUGGGCAGCAACAAUGGGUAUGCAAACCAGGUAUUCAAAAGUUUAGUCUGGAGUCUUGGUUGAAUCUUUGCGAUGUGCAAUUCGGUCAUCAUCCACUGUUUGAAUGAACGUGUCUAAAGGUUUUCCUAAAACACCUUUCCAAUUAAAUGUUGACUGGAAAGUAGGACUAUCUGACAGAAUGUGGGGUGGCAGGUAGCCUAGUGGUUAGAGUGUUGGACUAGUAACCGAAAGGUUGCAAGAUCAAAUCCCCAAGGUAAAAAUCUGGUGUUCUGCCCCUGAACAAGGCAGUUAACCCACUGUUCCUAGGCCAUCAACUUGCCUAGUAAAAAAAUAAAUAAAAUGAUAUCAUAAUGAUUUGUAUCAAUCGCAGAGCAUUUUUCUGCUAACUCUGUCAGUGUAGCCCACACUGUACAUUGCACAGUACAAGAACACUGCUAGGCAACUUAAUUCUCUAAUUAUACUUUUUUUUAUUGUUCCCAGACCUUAAAUGUGGUCUCCUGAUGUGGUUUAAGCAUUGUUGUGGACUUAAAACAUCCAAGUUGUUGUAGUUUUCCUAUUAAAAACAAAGUGUGAUUUUGACAGUGAAAACCUGGAAAAAAACAAGGAAAACUAUUAAAUUAAACCGGGAAAAAUGAAUUUACCAAAACUGAUUUUAUAGGGCUCUACACCUGUAGACUGACUGUUCAAAAUCACUAACACUAACCAGGUUUCCAUCCAACCUUUUUAUGUGAGUAAAGUACAUGUCGGAUGAGACAUUUCAUGACAGGCCAGAUGUAAACAGCUAAUAUAUCGGUAACCUUUCCAAAUAUUGACAAAACACAACACAACAAGGUGUGAUCCUUUUUUGUCUGUAAAAUUAUGUGAGAAAUGGCGGUGGAAACGCCUUUAUGCACAAAUAUUGAUCAUCAUAUCAAAGUAAACUUGGAGUCACGUGGUGUUGUAUGUUGUAUGUUAUGUUAUAUGUUGUGGGUUCCUCCCACUGCGACUUGGGAAACCAUGCAGUUUAUUAGGCUACAGAUGAAAUAGCUUAUGGGCUGGUGAAAGUGCACAGUAAUGAGCUUGAUGCUCCUAUACAAUACAUAUCGAGGGUGUUAUUCUGGUGACAUGAUGCUUGGCUGCCAUUUGAAUAAUAAUCUGCCAUUUGUCUAUAAUAAUCUCAUCAUGUAGGCUAUACCCGCACUGUUUCUGCAAGCUGUUGGCUAGAGGGCACGAGCCAAGACCAGAGUGUGCACAUUCACUAUAUAACUCAAAAACAAAAUGUCACAGAACCAUCAGUAGACUUGAAGAUGCGAUGGAAACCCAUUUUUUUAUUUGGUAACCUCAAAAAUGAUGUGUAUGGGCCGCACACAGCCUUUUAUCCACAUCAAGUCAAUUUGAUGGAAACUCAUCUCUGGUGGGAAAAGUUUUGAGUAUUCGCAUGAAAAUCUGUCGCUAAUUGGAUGGAAACCUAGCUAUUAACACAAUGUUUGAGAUUUUGCAAAGGUUUUAUUUUCCCCUCCAAACAAUCAAUGUUAAUAUGAUGUUGUCAAGUUAAAAUUUAAUUAUUUAUGUAUGGAGGGUAGGACAUUAUAAGCUACUUGCUCAGCGUGCAUUAUUGCUCAGCGUGCAUCAUCCGCUUUACCAGGACAGUAUUCUUUUCAUUGGAGCCAGUAGCUCCCAGUUGGCACUGGCCCGGUGUGUCACUGGCAAAUUUACCUGAAUGUCAAGCCCUGCCCAAGGCAUGCUAAUUUACCAGAUGGCUUUUCAUUACUUGCCUGGUUCUGUAUGGAAUGCAGCUACAUUAUAAGUCACAGGUGAGGUCAUUAUCAUGGGGUGUGACCAAAUCAUGUACUGGUGCCAUCAACUGGUCUGCAACCCUGCCUGGGCCACCACUCGAGGAGAUCCUUGAAGGGAAUUAAGUAAAUUAGGGUGAUGUGUGACGCAAGAUCCGAACACCAUGUGCAAUAGGUGGCACCCUUUCAGCCGUUGUGAAUCUGUUUUAGUUUUGAAAGGUGUACAAAUCCAAAUUCUAGGAGAAAUCUAUGUGAAUGAAGUGUUUCGCUAGGGUUUGAGACGCCAACAAGAUAUUUACUGUACCCCAUCUACUGCCUUAAAUCAGUUUUUUUUUGUUCAAACUCCGAUUGUAUUACUAAGUAUCAGGGGUCUGAUUUCAAAGCGUAUAAUGGAGAAGUGUUUGGUUUGAAGGAUGACGAUGAUUGCUGCUGGUAUUUUUGGUGACAAACAGUAUUAGCUAUAGUUUUCAGUGUCAAAAUUGCAUUCGGUGUUAGACAACAGCUCAAGAGACUACAGGAAUAAUUAUAAAACAGCACGGUUAGUCAAGGUCUAGUCAUUAUAGAGUUCAUGUCUUCUGGAGUACAAACAGGUUUUAAACAAAAAAUUAUACAUUUCUCAAAAUAAAUGUUAUGUUUAAUAGUAUACAAAAUGUCAAGAACAUAUUGUUUUAGAGAGUUGAAUCAAGCUCAAAUCAAAGUGUAUCCCUUCAGUUAGGCCAUGGAAGUGCCAAUAGUGCAGUAUAUAGGCAGUAUACUGAUUGCAAUCGACAAAUGUCUAAUGGUAACCCCCACAAUGCCAUCAACCUAUCUCUGACCAAUGACCUUACACCCCAUGACAGUCCAAUGGAUCGGGGACUUUUUUUUAGGACGACACAGGAGUAUAUGUAUAGCCUAUGCACACACAAUCCUGUGUUGCAGGGAUCUCCAAAUACAUUGCCACAGCUGUUAGUUUUCAUUUUCCAAUUGUCUACGAGGGGUUAGUUUUAUAUUCUGCUUGUAUACUGUCCCUUUGUGGUGAAACAUGUGUACUACAGCUGUCCUGUGUGUCCUAUUGGAAAUGAGACUUGUCAUUCCUGAGGUUGAGGAUGUAAUCAUGUGAGCAAGUAUAAUGCUUUUAAGCCCCUUUUAUUAUUUCAGUGACAAGCUAUACAUAACUGUACAGUAUAUACUUUGCAUAUUUUUUUGCAGAUCAUUUUGUAAAGGAUGGAAUAUAUUUGCAAAAAAUGUUAGUGCCUUUUGUAUUUCUGUUCUCUUGUGGCUAUCAGAAUUAUCCUGUAGCAGACCCAGUGGACCAGAGACAGGUGUAUACUGAGGAAAUGAAACAAAAACAGCUUGUAGUAAGAUCUAAACGUACAGUAACGUGUUGCCUAACUGAUGAUCCAUAAUGGACAUUUUUGUCGCUCUUCCUCUUUGGGACUCCAUUUGUAAAUGUUAGUUUUACCGUGUAGCUCUACUUUGUACCUCAAGAGUCAUGACCCUAUCCCAGAGUGGGCCAUAAACCUAACUCGGGAUGGGUCGUGAUCUAUAUGAUUCAUCUCGAUCUCUGUAAAAAGAGGCUUACAAGGUCCCCACUGUUUUCCAAACAGAGCUAAUUUCCUCUAUUUUUCCAUAACUUAUAAGGGUAAACUUGGUCCAGAUCUAUCCGGUACGCUUCUAUUUGUCACUACCAUAUGUACAUAUAUUUUUUUUGUAUUUAUGUUCCAUUUGAGGACAUAAAGAUGUCCCGUCUGCUUUUAAUAAAAUAUUGAUUCCAAUGUUU